UACGACUCUCUGAUUGGCUGCGCUUUAGAGCGUAUUGACUCUGAACCUGCCGUUGCUGGUAAUAUCAACACACGGAAUACAGCGACGGUACACGAGAAAGUUUAACAAUGUCGUUACGAGGCGUUUUGACGCUUAGUCUCCGCUCAAAUGUUGGGUUAUUGUACUCACUCUCCCCAGCAAGCAGAGCUGUUGUGAAAACAGCAGCGACUCACACAAGGAGCAGCAGCAGCAGCAGCAGGAGGUCAGAGGUCAGCAGCCGCUAUCCAGUGCCAAACAAGAAGGACCUGCCAUUUGAUAUCGUGGAGCUGAUGGAGGAGGUCGAGCAGAAGGGAGGGUUUUUGCCCAAUGUCUUCAAGGUUCUCGCCCAUCGUCCUGCUGAAUUUCGGGCUUUCUUCUCUUAUUAUAAUGCCCUCAUGAACAAAGAAAGUGGUGGUCUGUCAAAAGCGGAUCGGGAACUGAUUGUUGUUGCGACCAGUGCUCACAAUCACUGCUUGUAUUGUGUGGUAUCCCACAGUGCAUUGCACCGCAUCUAUUCCAAAAAACCCAUGCUGGCUGAUCAGGUUGCAGUAAAUUACAGGGUUGCAGAGCUGAGCGCUCAUGAGAAGGCCAUGCUGGACUUUGCGCUGACAGUCUGCAUGAGUAAAACAGUCACUGAAGAACAUUUCAGCACCCUAGAAGCUCAUGGUUUUGACCGAGAGGAUAUUUGGGACAUUGCUGCCAUUGCUGCCUUCUUUGCUCUGUCCAACCGGAUGGCCCAUCUGACUGACAUGAGACCUAACGCAGAGUUUUACAACAUGGGGAGAGUGCCGAGAGACAAAGAAAAAGCCUCUGAUGGCCACGCCAAGGACGAAUAGAGUCAUAGUUAUAUCUUUUAUAUCACCAAAUUCUUCAAAACUGUCAAAUAAUAAUUAAUAUGAUUGUUAAAACACUGUUUUGCAAAAUAUCACCCAAAGUUCUUUCACUAACCCUUUCAGAAAUGUUUGCAUGUUUAGCGUUUAAGCUUCUUUGAUUCACGCUGUUUUUGUGUUAGUAUUCACAAUGAGAAAUUCAUCCUUUUCCUUUACUUAAAUCUGUGCCAGUUAUUUAUUAAAAAGAGAGCGAGAGAUCUUAA